CUCGCAGUCGCAGCCGCCUCCCCUGCUCUCUCUCUCUUUCUCCCCGUCUCUCUCUCUCUCUCUCUAAAUAGCAGCGCCCGCCCGCGCCUUUUCCCGCUAGCCAACGCACGGCACCGCAGCACAAGGCACGGCGCGCGCGCCCGCCCGCCCGGUCUGCUCCUACGCCCUGCAGAGCCCUCGUCUUCCCCUCCCCGUUAUUCCCGGGAUUCCCCUGUUGCUGCGUGCGACUGCGCCCCGCCCCACCCACACCCACCUACCUACCUACCUACCACCAACGCCUCGGCUCCCCUCUCCAGCGAGCCGCGACCGCGCGGCAGGGGAAGCUUAGCACGGACGGGACCAGCUGACGACCAGGCCAUGGGGAAGUACAUGCGCAAGGGCAAGAUGUCCGGGGAGGUGGCCGUCAUGGAGGUCCCCGGCGGCGCGCUGCUGGGUGUCCGCACCCGCUCCCGCACGCUCGCGCUGCAGAGGGCGCAGAGGCCGCUCGACAAGGGGGACGCGGAUGACGCCGCCGGACAGUACCUCGAGCUCAGGAGCCGGAGGCUCGAGAAGCCUCAUAAGGAGCAUCAGCCGCUGCCGCCGCCGCCGCCCGCCCCCGCAGCCAAGAGGGGCGCCGGGAGGAAGGCCGCCUCCGCCGCCGCCGCGCCGCACGCGCUGGCGGAGGACGAGGUCGAGGUCGAGGUCUCCUUCGGGGAGAACGUGCUUGACUUGGACGCCAUGGAAAGGAGUACCAGAGAGACAACACCGUGUAGUUUGAUCAGGAACCCAGAGAUGAUAAGCACCCCAGGAUCCACAACUAAAAGUAAAACCAGCAACUCGACGACUUCCCGUCGCAGGAUGGAAACCUCAGUCUGCCGUUUCAUACCGAGUUCGCUCGAGAUGGAAGAGUUCUUCUCGGCCGCUGAACAACAGGAGCAGCAUAACUUCAGGGAGAAGUAUAACUUCUGUCCUGUGAACGACUGCCCUCUCCCGGGUCGAUAUGAGUGGGCGAGGCUAGACUGUUAGAUUCCUCCAAGCACAAGAGCACCAUUUAUCUGAUGUGUCUACCACAUGACUAGCGCCGCCGCCGCCGAGGAGGCGUAAUCAACUGGAUCGCAUUAGCUUUCUUGCCUGUUGUAAAAAUUAGAGUAGUUAGCCUGUAGUUGAAUGGUCCUGUGUAACGAAACAGGCGUGGUUCUGAGUUACACCCCGAUCCCCAACCUCACUGUAACCGUUUGACUGCUCGCUCAAGCUGUAGCCGAACCAUCCAUCUCAAGUAGCGUAGGCCUAGCGUAUUCAUCUGUUCCUAGUUCUAGUUCUUGAAUGGAUUAAUCGAAUGAGAUCAUUGUUAGAAUCUGC